AAAAACACAACCAAACGGGAAAAAAAUCAAAAGUAAAAAAGAACUAACGAUGGAAGUCCUUCAAUUCGUGUUGCGGGGCAGACCUUUUUGGUAUCCGUUCCGAUCACAGUCUAGAAAAAACUAUUCCAGAGUUUAUUCGUAUCACAUCUAAAAAAAAUUUCUUUAGUACUUAUUUUUUGAUUUAUUUAGUCGAUGACUGGCACUUUUUCGGUCAUCUCUUUUGAAUUAUGUUCUAAUUGAUGAUUUAUAAGAUACUUUGCUUAAAACUAGAGAAUAUUGAACUAUAAUCUUUAGUUCCGGUUGGAACAACUUUUUUCUCGUAGUCUCAGUCCCAUCCGGUCUCAGCAACUUCUCAUUCUGGUGGUCCAGGUCUAGGCCCAUACCCACAUCCACAUCCACACCCUUUUUCUUAUGAUCUCAGUGACCGAAACUGGAGCUACAGUUGGUCUUGCACAUCUCUAGUUGAGAUUAUGUGCAUUAUGUGGAUUUAAAUGAGCUAUGAAUACUCUGAAAGAAGCUCGUGCCCUUAGCUUAUUGCUGUGAAGAUUCUGCACUUUUUAAAUGAAUGCUGUGAUCCUCAAGAAAAAAAAUUCAUUUUCAAAUUUCGAUUUGUAAUUUUGUAUAGAAACAGGUCUUAACUAGAAUAGAUUAUUGUGAAAGUUACAGAUCUUGCCACUAUUACUAUUCUAAGAUAGAACUAUCAUAAUAGUAUGUCUUUUACGUCACUCGUAUAAAUGAGCAGAUUUAAUGUUCUUAUUUUAGUAUAGAAGUCAAUCAAAAGGCCUGAAACUUUCACAAUAAACUUCUCUUGUUUAAGUCUGUCUCUAUGCGAAAUUUCAAGUCGAAAUUUAUAAACGAGUUUUUCUGAGAGGGACUAUGAGAUUCAUUUAGGAAGUGUAGUAGCUCCGCAGCAAUAAACUACAGGCACAAACUUUUUUCAAGAUAUACAUAGCUCAUUUGGUUCUAUAUAAUCUUAACUUAAAAGCAAUUUAUCAGUCAGAGUACUUUUCUCGUAAAAUUCUUUUUAUUUAUAACAAAAUUUAUUUUAUUUUAUUUUUCAAUAGCUGCUCGUGCUGGUGGAGCGAAGAAAGGUAAACAAACAACAAGUCGUAGUAAAGCAAAAGCAAAACAAUCUGAUGAUAAUGACGAUGAUGAUUUAAAAGAAAAUGAUGGCGACGAUGAUGGUGAUGGAAAUGUAUUUAAACGACCAAUGAGAAAAGAACCAAAAGUGCAAACAAUAAGUCGAUCAAAACGUGGUGCGGACGCGUAA